CCGACUCUCCUUCCCUCUCCACCAUGUCUAUACCCACCCCAGGCAGGGGCCGUUUCUCCGGGAUCCCGACGCCAGGAAAGAGCGCCAUUCCAACCCCAGGCAGGUCCCGUUCUGCAUCCACGACCCAGCAGCAACCGCACACACAAGACGACGACUACGUCUCCAGGGCCUUCGCCGACGCGAUCAAGGCCAACGAUCCUGCUCAGCACCGCUCUAGUCGCGCGAGCGAUGUUUCCAACGCGUCUCUGUCCGUCUCUUCCGCGUCUCAAUCCUCGCUCAGCGGUCGUCAGUCCGUAAACGGCAGAUCCUCCUCCGCAGCUUCUUCCUCCUCGGCUGUAAGCCCCGUGCCCCCUCGUACCCCGGCGUCGGGCUCCAGGAACUCUGUCGCGCGACCCGCCAGCCGCCAAUCCGAUGUAUUUGCGCGCAGCUCCAGCCGCGCGGGCAGAGCGUUCGAGGUAGGCGACAAUGUCCGCAUCGAGUCCCUAGGGUUCGAGGGCACGCUAAGAUUUUUGGGAGAAAUUGAUGGUAAACCUGGUCACUGGGCUGGAGUUGAGCUCAGCGGAGGCUUCGCUGGUAAGGGCAAGAACAAUGGCGUCGUGAGCGGGAAACAAUACUUCGUCUGUCCUCCUUCUUGCGGAGUCUUUGUUGCGACGACCAAGCUGUCCUCUCCUACCGUAGGCUAUGGAACAGUAUCAAGGCCAUCGUCGGUAGCAUCCUCGCGCAGUGGCGCGUCACUCCGUCUGUUGCGCCAGUCCGGUAGGAUGACACCAUCCGCGUCCACCACCAACCAACGCGGACGCGUUACUCCGUCUAUGAGCAAUGGACGUGUAACACCGUCCGCAUCAACAGGCCGCAGAACACCGGGCUUCCUCUUCCCAAAGAGCCAUAUGGAUACGACAACGCCUGUGCGACCCGGUGCAAAGCCAUCACAGGGAUGUCCCGGAAGCCCCUCUGGGAAAUCGUUUAGUACCAACAGCCCAACGAGGAUAGGAGGGUUUACAUCUACACAUCUCUCAUCUCCCACGCAUGCCUCGUCAUCUCCUUUCAAUACCCCGAAAGCACCUGGAAGUGGUCGCGCUUCUGGAAUUGGGAUGGGUAUCCCAUCGACGUCUACGACGCCCUCGAAGUCUCGACCAUCCAUGAACACACCCCGUGCCCGUAUACCCAGUGCCAUCGCUAUGCCACCUCCAGCAUCUCCGUCGUCUUCUGUGCGUUCAGUGUCUCUCAGUGACGCUCAGAACGAAGGCGACCCGAGUUCAGUGACGGAUCUGCAGAAGAACCAGCGGAGCAUAGAGGACCGGAUGGCGGACAUCAUGGGCAACCGCAUGGUUUCUCCGUCACGGCCCACUUCGUCGACGUCUGCGCGCUCGAGCUCUGCUGGUGACUUCCAACUCCGUCUCGAUUCGAUGCAGGCCCGGCUGGACGCCCUGGAUUAUGAGAAUCAACAACUGCGCGCAAAUGCUGACUCUGCCCAGGACAAUUCCAAGCGUCUCGAGGUCCUCCUGGUCGAUCAAAAACAUACAGCGAGUAGAAUCGCCGAGUUGGAAUCGCUCGUUAGGACCACGGAGCGCACCGUCAGCGAGCGAGACUCGACGAUUGAAGCUCUGGAGCGCGCCGCACAGCAGAUGUCUCUGAAUAUCGACAAAGCGAAGAACGACGCCGAAGCGCGAGUACGGGACAUCCAGACGAAGCUCGACGAUCGGGAUGCAUUAGUCGCAAACCUGAAGGAGGCUCUCCAGACGAAGGAGGGCCUUCAGAGCGAGAACGAUGCCGUCUUGGGUGCCAAAGACGCAGAGAUCUCGCUGCUGGAGACUCGGGUGCAGAAAGCGUACGGUGAUCUCGAGGACGAACGCCGAGAACUUGGUCAUCAGGUUGAUGAGCUGCGCAAGGCUGGACAGGAAACCAUCGCCUUGUAUGAAGAGCGUCUGAGUGCCGCAGACACCCGACGUUACGAGCUCGAAGACCUGGUCGCCAAUCUUGAGGAACAGCUUCGGACACAGACUCAGCCUCUAUCACCACUUGCGGCGCAGCGUCAGGCUGCCUCUGCUGUGGAGAUCGACAACGAAAGCCUCCGCGAGCAGGUGCAGCAUCUCCUGAAGCGGAUAGGUAUGCUCGAGGACCAACUCGAGGAGGCACACACGACGUUCGAUCGAGAAGAGGCAGCAGUGCGCGAGAGAGUGAAACGGUACAAGGAAAGGGAGGAGAACAUGCGUAAGGAGCUGGCCGAAAGCAAGAAACAGGUGGAUCAGGUUGCCAAGUCAGAAGGAGCCGCCCGGCAACGGGUGGAAGAGAUGGAGGAGGCGUUGCGAGAGAACACAGUGGCCCUCGAGAAUGCCCGUGCCGAGAUUGAAGGCCUCAGAAAUGAGAUAGCGGAUUUGGAAGGUCUCACAGCCAGUAACUCUUCGGAGAAGGUGGCUGAGAUUGCACAGCGAUCCAGUCAAGAACGCGCCCGUCUCAACGAGGAAAUUGCCUCGCUCAGGCAAAAACUCACGGACCUGCAAAGCCAACACCAGCAGCCUGAUGGGGACACGGGAGAGUUGUAUGAGCAGAACCGCGCUCUCAAAUCCACCAUUGAUCUCUUGCAAUCAGAAUGCGACAAGCGGGAAGCGGAGCUAGUCGCCCUGCGUCAGGCCCUUGCAGAUCUCGAGGUGUUGGUGGAAGAGCGUACCACCGAGCUGGAAAGUGUGCGCAAGAAGGUCAGUCGCGAUACCGCUGUGAAUGGCGGCGACUCCGGCAAAGUCACACCAUCGAAGCACGACCUCACCAACGCUCGGGAGGAGAUCACUGGCCUGAAGCAUAUCGUUCAAGAGCUUCAGAAGGAAAACUCUGCGGCUGCUCAGCGAAACAAGGUCCUAGAGUCAGAGAAUAAACUCUUAUUGACGGAAACAGAACAGCUUCGUCAGGAUCUCAAGGUGCUCGAGGAGAGUGUGGAGCAGAGUAUCAUGCGAGAAGAACAGGCUCUGGCGUCUGGGACUGACGCUUCGGUUUCAUCUGGCUCCACAGAAAGCGCAACACUACAGUGGAAAUACGAAGCCGAGAUGGAACAGCUGCGUAAGAAGCAAGCGGAGGCUGAUAUGAAGAGCGCUCGGACAAUACAUGAUCUCAACAAGGAGAUAGGAGAGCUAGAGACCCUCGUGGAAUCCAAGAUCUAUCGCGAGGAUGAACUCGAACGAGAACUGGAGCGGCUCCGCGACAAAGUAGCGCGAUCGCAAAGGAAAGCGUCUAAAACUUCGACUGAACCAACUACGCCAAACGCUGCUAUCACCAGCGAUGGCAACUUACCGAAUACUAGCGUCAUCGAAAACUCCCAAGAUGUCUGUGAGAUCUGCGAGCGCCCAGGACACGAUAUUUUCUCUUGCGAUCUUCUCAAGGAUGGUAUGCCUUCUGCUGAUUCAGUACGAUCCAGUACUGCUGUCCUGGAGGAGUUAUACUGCGAAGACUGUGAAGGAAGGGGCCACACUGCUGCAAAUUGCCCACACUCAUUGGAUGUCUUCUGAACAUGCUGGUGUUAUCAAUAGCUUCUGGCUUGAUUUUUGUAAUGGCUCCAAUUCACACUCACUAUACCCCUUACUCUUUACCUGCAUGUAACUUGGCUAUCAAUGUCAGUCAUCCCUACUGUGAUCAUCAAGGAAUUUAAUGUUCAUGAAAUCAGAUCACUUUACACAACUGUAGCAAUAGGAUACACUACUAUAGAAGCAGCUGAUUUGCCAGUAUUUGCCUGCUGCCUACAGAUUGUUGUGCCAUAAAAGGAACUACAGCUCACCUGAUUGGGUGAUGAUGUCACAAAGAUGCUUUUGCGACAGCAAGAUGCUUCCAUGGUUG